GCAAGACAUAGUAGGACAGAAUGUGUUGGAGGGCAGCAUACAGUAGCAUACUGCUGUGUUUUCAUUAUGGUGUGAGCAUGGAGCAGCAGAACCAAAACAAGAGGAGAAGGGGGAUACAAUGAGGACACAGCUUGGCUUCAUGCCUGAUCAAUAUUAGUUCAGAAUCUGAGCAUUAGAAAAGAGGGCUCACUAAGCAGCACUGCUCUGCAGAGCUGACUGCCUGCAGACUCCCUAGAGUUUGAAUUUUACCACCAAGGGAUUUAAGAUGUGGAGACAAAGUCUCACUCCAAAUCUUGAGGACCUUACAGCAUGGAGGAUGUAAAACAGAGAGCGGAAAACUAGACCCUGACAUUUGGACUCAAGAAAACAAGACAUCUUGCAGCAGGAUCAAACAGACACACUCAGACGGAUGUAAUGGUGUGGAAACGCAAUCGCUCUCUUGAAUCAUCAGACUUCUGAGUCAGUCAUACAAGGGAUGGGAAGACGUGCGGCUGACCUGACAACUCCGGUUCCAGUUUUAGGUGUCCCUGCCCUGGUUGGAGUGCGUGGUUGGAGGACGACAGGAGGUGAGAGAAGCGGAGGAGCCUUGCUACAGACGUGGGGACCUCAGUGCAGCGUUGGUGUUCAGACGUCCCCGGGGAUAAGCAGGCCACCUAGCCAGCACAGUGUACAGCUAAAUGAUACACCCUCGACACCAACAGAUAAUAAAACAUCCAACAGUUAUAUUACCAAGGAAACAGACUACAAGGAGAUAUUACUGUUAACAAAGACUGACAAGGAGAAAAGGGCUAUUUUAAAACAGAAAAGUGGGGAAUCCAAGACCAAAAAGGAAGUGACUUUCAAAGCACUUGGAGGUGAGGCCUCUAAGGACGUGACCUGCAGUCAGAGGAACAGUAAUGGGACUUAUUGCUAUGCCAGGGCAAUCAAGACCAACCCACACUAUGUAGGGAAUGUAACCAGUGUCAGGCCUAAAUUGAAAUCCGCUGCCCGCUACACCAAUGGCAGUGUGGUCGAUUCAGAGGCUAUCGGCGGAAUAAGCGUUGAUAGCGAUGAAGCAGAGCCCGUAAAGAGUGCCACCUCUCGUGGAAGAAAUCAAACCAGACUGCAAGGUCAUUAUGCAGAGCAGCCCGGGAAGACGCUGCUGUUGUGUGAUGCCCGACCUUUCGGCGUGCCACAAAAAAUAUGCAGCCAUUGCGGUGGGAGACAGUCUGUGACCACAGGAGUUGUCACUCCGGGGGGAAAAAACUCGACUGUGGAUGCUUGCCUUGGAGAGAAACCAUUAAAAUCAGCCGUCACCUCGCUGUUGACUGCCACGCAAUUCCAUAUGCCCCAUAUUGAGAAAAACCGUAAGGCAAUCCAUCAAGAAAACUCCGAGAGCAUCGCAAACAGAGACAAAAGGACACACAUUACAGUAAAUCCACAAAUCUUAUAUGUCACCGAAGAACUAAAGUAUCGAAAAACACCACAUCCAGCAUGUCCAGUGCACUCUAGGAGUAAUUUGGUCACUUUGUCACAGACACACGCCGCUAGUGAUGCAACAUCCACUCAACCCACAACCAUCCUACAAGCUAAAACCAUCACUGUCACUAAAGCAACUAUUGAAACAAGACAGGAUGAUUCCAUUAGAAAAUCUUUCACAAAACCAUCACAGGACGGUAGGACUCCACAGAUGGCCACAGCUACCAAACCAAACAACCCACAUUCACACACUCAUCCUAAGCAACUCAAAAUACAACAACAUAACUCCACGCAGCAUAAUGUGCCUCAAAAUGUAUGUGUAUCUGUACACAAUACACCUGAAAAUACGCUGUCGCCACCUUCUCAUGUGUACACCACAGCUGUAGCAUCCACAGUUUUUAAUACUGCAAUACUGACGUCCACAGAAAGUGUACCUGCUAAAGUUGCUCAACAUGAAACUUUGCACCCAACCCAUACAGCACGAGUAAACACAGCAACAAAUACAACUGAUAGCCUACGAAAGGCCCCUAAACGUCCGACCUCAUCACUGGCAGCCAGUUCUUUAGACCCCAUUCAUAAACCACAAACAACUGCACAACCCACACCUGCAAGUCCACCAUGUACUUCACCUGAUCCGGGUCAUACGACACAAGAAAAGCCAUCCUCCAACAUUGACAGCAAACCAUCAGGUAAAACCACCAUUUCGAAUAAACCACACACAACCACACCACAUCCACUUCUCUGUACUGCUGUCCCACAGAGCAAUCUGAAUCGAAACUCUAAUUCAGUUCAAAUUAUGCAUAGCAGCACUAAACAUAUAUCCAUGGCUUCACAAAUCCACCUGAUUCAACCUAACUACUCGAAUUCUGAGCCUACGCUUCAUGUUUCUACAGCAUCACUAAACGCAACGCCUAAUGCAGCAAAACCCCUAGACUCAAGAGCUAGGUUGCUUUCAAGAGCAGCUCCCAAUUCCUCAUCGACACAAAGCAGCGCUCUGUACAAAAAUAUAGCCCUCAGGAAUUCCUCAAUCAGUCUGAAAAAUUCAACACCCACAACAGUCACCUCUUCAUCUACGCUGACAGAAAACCAAAUGAAUGUCUGUGCAUCAGGUACUACUUUGCUUCAAUCAGAAGACACAACACCAGACGUCAAAGAACCGGGUCAUAAUGAAACACCCCAUGCAAAUCAAUCUGGUCUCAUGCAAGACAGAGAAACACACAGCGGAGCUCAAACCAAGAAUGAAUCUGGUGUAUGUAGUGUUGUUUCCAAUCAGGAAAACAACUCCAGUACAACUACAGCUGCAUUAUUUGAGUUCCUAAAUGUGUCAAAAUAUCGUAACAGAGGCAGCAAUGCAAGCAAUUCUAAAUCAGCCAUUAUUCCCACUGAAUAUACCGACAAAAGCAAAUUCAAUGGUAAUCUAAUCAAUGAAUUAGUUGUGUAUGAGUCAAAACGCCAUGAAAAUUCAAAUCCAUCACAGGUCACUAGCCUCCAGAAUUACAUUUCCCUAAUUAAGUCAAGCAGCUCGUGUCUGCAGGGUUGCAUAAACACAGAACAACAAAGCCUUGCACAUUAUCAAGGAGACACAGAAACAGAACACGGGGGACACUGUGCUACAGGCCCACCAGUGAGAACAACCCAGGAGAGAGUCUCAAAUACAGAAAAGUUUGCAAUGGGUUCAUCAGUCAGCCAUGCAAAUAUUAAGUUUGAAUCCAAUGCAGAUAAACAGACGCAUCCCAAUAAACCAACACCCUCUCCCAUAACACAAACAAACUCAGAGCCCAUGAUCUCAUCACUGGAAAACACGAGUGCACAUGUUGACCCCAUCACCAAAUCUUCAGUCCUCCAAAAUUCAGAUACCUCUUCACUACCACAAGCACACACAAGUCCAAAGCUUUCUUUCACCGCACCAGUACUUUCUCACAGCACGAUAGAGCUUGGUACACACACAGGGCCUGAAUGUAAUUCCAUAUUGCCGUCAUCAACAAUGGACUUGGCGUCCCUUCCCCACCCUAAGUCAAGCGAGACAGAGGCAAUCGUCAGACCGGAUUCAAAGUUUAGCCCUGCUCCCCGUCAGUCGUGCCCAGAGGACACCAGCCUGGCACACUCCCACCCAGCUGAUGCAGCCUUGUUGCUGCCUCCUUCCCCACAGUGCUGCAAAUCAGCAGCCCUACAGCAGAGGCUCGAGACUGUGGAGGCCAGCCUGGCAGCCAACAAGGACAGGAUCACUACUCUGCUUAACAUUAUCCAUGACCUGGAGACGUGCCACACGCCAACAAACGGUCGGCGAUGCUACAAAACUGGACAGGACCUGAAAAACUGCUCGACCUGCCAGAAGACUGCGUGUAUUGUGUACAGUGUGGAGUACGACUUCAGGCAGCAGGAAAGACGCUUCAUGGAGGUUCUGAAUCAUUCAGCGAGAAGAAAUAAUGCUUUCUCCAUGCACCUAGCCCAGCCCCUGAACUUUAGCCUGCUAAGAAAUGUCAUCAUUAAGAACUUAACAAAGUCAAAGGUGAAAAGCAAAAAGCUGUGCAAGACCCUGUUCAAAUGGCUGCCUAGGAAAAUCCAGCAAGUGUAGACCUCUUAAUACCUGUGUGCUGUUUGAUAGCCAUGAGCCUGUGUUACAAGUGACCAGCAGAAGCCUUUGCAGCGGACUCUUAUUAUUCCUUUCCUUCACAGAGAAUGAGAUUACUUUGAAUUAGAGUCUUAGUGGAGUUCCACUCUCCUGCACAUUGUCAAAGCUUAUAAGCAGGAUUUUGUACUCAAACUUGUCCCUGAUCUUUGUGACCUUCAGCUAGAAUCAUCCGUAAGGAAUUCUUUAUUUCACUUUUGAAAGUUAAUGUUAUUUUGUUGUCAACAUGCCUGCUUUUAAUGUACGGCUAACCACAGCCACAGAUUUCUUUAUCUAAUUUCACAUAAUGAGGUUCAGGUUUCUUUGCACUGUUAUGAUUAAUGCACUAUGAGUUCCAGUUGAUGUUAAAAUUCCCCUUCAAUUGUCCCCUUACCUGCUUCUUCUCAGACUUAAAUGUGCCGUAUUAAAAACAAGUUUUUGACUGGAAUAACUUUGAAAUG